UCGUAUACCGUACUUUUUAAAAAUAUAAAAGUUUUCCGUACUCUGGGAAGCAGAGCUCAAUACGGUGCAAGUUACAGUGGCCCUCAAAAAUCCAACAGCAACAACCUGCAGACACGUGCACUCAUCACUUAAUCAUUAUAACUAAAUGGUGAUGAAGAUUAAGAACAAGAUGAAGAAAGAUACAAAUGUGAUACACAAAAAUAAAAAGUUUGGAAAGAAGAAGAAAAAUGUUUCAGAGAUGAGUGUUGAUGAUAUGUUUUCAAUGAUUCAAGAAGAGGAUGACUUGGUGGAUAAAGAAUCACCAAAAAGUCCAAGGAAGAAAAUGGAAGGAUUUAAGAAGGCAAAAGACAAGAAGGUGAAAAAGAAUCAGAAAAAUGUGAAAGAUGAUGAUGAUGAAGAUAUUGAUGAGGAUGAGGAUAUCUCUGAUGUUGCUAACAUGAGCCGCAAAGAAUAUCUCGAAAAACUGAAGAAGAAUGACCCAGAGUUUUAUUCUAUGGUAAUGCAGUCAUCUGAUGUAAUGGCCCUUCACAGCUCAGAUGAAGAGAAUGAUCUUUUAGAAGAGGAAAGUGAUGAUGAUGAUGAUGAUGAUCCAGAGAAAGGUGGUAAAGUGUUCCAGCCACCAUCAGAAUUAGAGGUUGAUAGCGAUGAGUCUGAUGGUGAGGAAAAUGGGCUUCAGCAACGAGGUGAUAAUAUUGUGACAAGUUCCAUGGUUACUCAAUGGGAGAAGGACUUGCAGGGUAACAGGCCUGUGAAUACUUUUUUGGAUGUGCAACAAGCAUUUUUGGCUGCCAUUGAGUCUCUUGGCAACAAAGGAAAAGAAGCUGAGACUACAAGCAAGUAUAAAGUUGAGGGACCACAAAUUUUCAAUGCAGUAGUACGACUGUGUCUACGGAAUGUGGCUCCAGCUCUAGCAUCCAUUCUUGAUCUCAAGUCUCCUAAUGAUGAUCCGACUAAAAGCAGGAGGUGGGGGAAGAUGAGGAACUACAUAAAGCCGUACCUGCGACAUCUUGUUACGUUAACAGAAUCUGUCGCAGAACCUAGCAUAGCAGAGGUUAUUUUGAGUCGAGGGGUUUUACCCAUCCUUGGUUACUAUGCUGGGCAUCCAGGUACAUGCAAACUUCUCCUUCGCCGACUUAUUACUCUGUGGGCCACCAGUGAGAAGAGAGUCAGAGUUUUAGCUUUCAUUGGCAUAUAUAGGCUCACACGAACUCUGUCUCCACAUUUCUUGGAGUGGGCAUUGAAGAGACUUUACCUUACAUAUGUACAAAAUUCAAGAUUUACAUCACCCAGCACCUGGGGCUUAAUAGAUUUUAUGCGUAUAUCACUAGUGGAAUUAUACUCCAUGGACCAAGUGCUUGCAUACAAGCAUGCCUUUAUUUAUAUUCGUCAGAUGGCAUUCCACCUUCGUAAUGCCAUCACAGUUAAAAAGAAGGAGCGUAUUCAGCUCGUUUACAAUUGGCAGUACAUCCAUUGUUUGCACAUGUGGGCUGAUCUUCUGGCCAAGACUCAUCCUAGUACUGCCCUUCAGCCAAUCAUUUACCCUCUUACUCAGGUUGCUUUGGGAACAAUGAAACUUCAACCAACACCCUCAUUUUAUCCACUAGUAUUCCAUGUCUGUGGAAUCUUGACAGAACUCUCAAAAAAAACUGGUAAUUUCAUACCAGUUCUUCCUUUCUUACUUGAGAUUUUGAACAAAGCUCAUCUGGAAAAGAAACACAAAAAAGCUUCUAUAAGACCAUUUGACUGGUUAUGUAUGCUGAGGCUUUCAAGAGCUGAGAUGUUGGAAUCAGCAUUCAAGGAUGGGGUUGUUGGCCAAGUUUAUGAUGGUAUACUUAAUUACCUAAGUGUAGAAAGUGCAUCCAUUGGUUUCCCAGAACUGGUUGUGCCUGCCACUCUCCAGCUCAAGUCAUUUAUAAAGAAGUGCAAGGUACCAAACUAUACCAAGAAAAUGAAACAGCUGCUGGAGAAAAUAUAUGAAAACCAAAAUUUCAUUGAAUCAAAAAGAAAGGAUGUUUCCUUUGGUAUUGCAGAUACGAAGCUUGUAAGAAAUUGGGAGAUUUCAGUUAAACAGACAGGCACUCCCAUUGCUACCUAUCAUGCCAGUUGGCAAAAAACCCGGGAAAAAGAAUAUUUAAGGCGUAUUUCCAACCGUGUAGAAAUGGACGAUUACAAUCUUCCUGUGGUGAAGAAACGAGAAUUACUGGAGAAGCAAAAGGCUAAAGAUAAAGAUGAGUUUAAGGAGCUCUUUGCAUCGGAUGAUGAUGAUGAUAAUGAAGAUAUAAGCGAUGAAACAAGAUUCCUGUUGAAGAAUGAAUCCACUAAACACAUUAAAUCAAAAAUAAAUAAUGAUUUAGAUGAUGUCCAUGAUAAUAUGACCCAAGAGGAAAAAUAUAUAGAUGAAACAGGUGAACCACCAGUAAAGAAAAGAAGGGGUAUAGCACAAAAUGAAGAUGUGGACAACAUCUUUACUCAUGACGAUGAUGAUAUUGUGAAAGAGAUGAAUCUGUCGGACUUUGAAUCUGAUGAUUUUGGAGGUAAUACAAAUAGUAAUUAGUUUUAGUAUACACUAUUUGCAUAAACAUAUAUGUGACAUUUUGUUACAAAGUAACUUAUUAUUAUUAGAGAUGGUCUUAUGUUAAAGACAGUUCUUAUAAAUUUGUUUUAUAUUUUGAGGAAAUUUACUGUUAAGCAGUAGUUGUUGCAUAAUUCAGUACUAUAAAGAUGUUUCCUUUGUGUAUAUAUAUUCCCAUGGAGGAUUAGGCCAAAUCAUCUGUUUGAAAAAAUAGGUGACUGCCUUAGAAUGUGCCAUUGGCCUCUCCAUAGCAUAAUCACUUCCUUAGAGGGUUUGUUGGUAACAAGCUCUUGGUUACCUGUAGUCGGUUUUAGGGAUCACCUCCACUGUGGCCUGGUGCCAGACCAGGACUCCUGAUCAACCAGGCUGUUGGUGUACACCACUGUAUGCUCUACAGCCUGGCUAAUAAGGAACUUAUCAAGUUCUCUCUUAAACACAGCUGAGGGUGUGUUGGUACUUUUUACACAUGAAGGAAAUUAACAAACUCCUAGCUGUUUUAAAGAGGGAACCUGAUAAGUUCUUGAUCACCCAGCCAGUGGUGUAUACAUUGGUCUGGGUGGAGUUGGCAUCAGUAGCCAGUCCUGGUUGGACCAACCCAUACCUUUGAAGAGUUUCAAGAGUGUUUAUCUACUCUGAGCCCGGCCAUGGCCAGGCUCGUCUGGCAGCGGUGAUCCCUGCAACUACAGGCACUGUAAAGAGCUUGUUACAAGGAAGUGAUUAUGCUAUGAAAAGCCUAAAAGCUCACCCUGAGGCAAUCAUCUAUAAUAAGGUUAAACAAAGUAAGAUUUAUUAAACCAAUAUUUAAUUAUAUUUAUUUUUUUUGGAUAAAGAAAUGGUAGAGGCAGCAUUAAUUAUAUAAUUUAUAUUAAGCACUAAACCCAUGUGGGCCAUUCAACACAAGACAUGGUGGUGGCUUGAUCCACCAUCUGCUAAGCGCCAGACAGACGCGCUUCCUAUCUGUACUCACCUACAUAGGCGGCAUUAAGCCAACUCAUGACAAAGCACAAUGUCAGCCCUUAACAUAACAUUUCACUAGAGAUUUUUCAAGUUAUAGGCUGGCCAGCCAGGAGAUGUGGAAAGGCCUAAAGUCAUAUAACUGGGUUAUUGCAGUAGAAUAAGGGAAAGUGAUUUAGUGAGCACAAAAGUGGCUCGAGUUUGCUCUGUAGUGUUACAUAACAGCUUGCAUAAAGGCAACUUUACACUUUUUGUUUUCCCGAGCAUUUCAUCUUUGUGUAACAAUAAUUGAGCUUUUGCAUACACGUGCAUUUUUCUACGAGUUAAGAUCACAUUCCUUUACCAUGCCAAAUUUGUUGCACCUGACAAGGAAUGAUGCAAACUCUGGCCACGAUAGAUGUGAAUAUAGGGUCUAGUGAGGGAUAUCACUGCCACACAAGUUUUAAUUUUAGAGAGGAUGAAUGGAAUUGUCUCACCAUUAGAGAUGGGAGAACCAUAUACCUACAAGCUGCAAUCAAAUGCUGAUGAAACCAAUACCAGUAAGGCUGUCAGAGAUAUUACUGCACUCUGAGUAUUGCUGAAAACCCUGUAGACUCAGAAAGACUUCAACUAAAAUACCAUGCAUGGUUAGCAAGGAAGUGUUUAAGAUUAUUUCUCUUGGUGGUUUUUCCGUGGACACUAAAUUUGAGUGUGCUGCCAUCUUAUAGUAGAACACUGAGGAAGGGAAGAGACCUCAGUUUCCUCCAGGGUAACUGUCAAGAGGGUUCCACAUUGUUGAGUCAGUGACGGACUUGACAGUGUGGAACCUUCUAUAUGGUUUACCCUUGCAGGGAAAGAAGUCUGUCCCCCUACCUUGAUGAUCAAUCACUCAAAAACUAACAUUCAAAAUCUACAAGAAAUCCACCAAUAAGGAUGACAGCUGACCCAACAUGAUAGAGGGGAGAGAAAAAAAAAAAAAAAAAGGUUCUGAGUGGGUUCUUCAGAUUCAACAGGGUUUUAGCAAUUUUUUCAUAGAGAUGCCACUACACCAACAGCGUUGCCAGGCUUAGCACAACUUAUCCUGGAAAUCACAGGUAAGAUUGCUGCUGCAAUAGCACCCAUCCCCCCAUAAAAUGUAAGCUGAUGUAGCAGUGGUAUCUCCUAAAACUUGUGAAGUGCAGAAAAUUCUGCAUAGGGUAGUAGGUCUGUGAACUUAAUGACUUGUAGAACACAAACCUGGAAAUAAGUGCAUAGUACAUAAACCAAGAAAACAGACAAUAGACUGGAACAAAACCUACUGACCCUGUCCUCAUGUUACACGAGCAUAGGGUCAGUAGGAAGUGCAAAAUCAAGGCAGUUUCAAAUUUUACACUUGCUAAAUCACUUUCCAUAUUAUGUUGCCAAUCUUCACGUGUGCAACAGCUUACAUCAUAUGGCCCAGGUCCAUACCUUCACCCUGGACAGCCUAUACAAUUAAUAGCUAACACAUUUCCUGUAUAACUGGAAUUUUUUAUUUAAGUGAAAUGAUGUUAUAGUAUAGUGUUAUGCUAUUUCAAAUCUUUGUUGCAUUUUUAUAAUCCCACUGUAACAUUAGCUAAUAAAUUACAAAGUCAGAAAAA